UUGUAAAUGCUCAUUAAAUAUUUAUAUGGAAUUUUCUCGUUCGAAAAAAAAAAUCUAUAAUAAUUAAAAAUGUAAAAAUUUGUGCAUUAAAAAUUUAACUUAUCAUUUAUUGAAAGAAUGAUAAUUGCAGUUAAUUACGUAAAGAGUGAUGAAAAAAAUUGAUUUAGAAGCAAAUGAAAAAGUUGAAGUGAAAUUCAAAAGAAUAUUUUUAUAAAUUUGUUAGACUUAUUAAAUUUUUUUAUAAUAAAUUUAGCUGUGACAAAAAAAGUGAAAAAUCCAGAAUUAAUUUAAUUAAACUUAUGUAAUUUUAAAGUGUGUUGUUUUUUUCAUGUUAAAAGAAAGGGAAGUUAUUUGCAUUUAAUUUUGAAGGGCGAACGCCAAAGCUUUUUUUUUUUUUAUGAAAGAAAUUCUCAUUUAACGCGUGAGAUUUUCGUAACAAAAGCAAAAGUCAACAAAAAAAAAAAAUUUACAUUUUUACAAAUUUCUAAUAUAAAUUAUGAAAAAAAAACCAUUGUUUUAAAUAGCUUGCCUGUGGUACAUUGUUAAUUAGUUUAAAGAAGAAACCUAUAAAAACAAGAAAAUAAUCAAUAAUUUAGAAAUUCCAUUGUACGUUAUUAGAAGUAAUUUAGCAAUACCUAAAUAUAAGUGUAUGGUUAUUGCUUAAUUUAGUAAAUUUAUUUCAAUAUAAAAAAUAAUUAUAGAAAAAAUCCAAAAAUGAAAAUUUAUAAAUAUUUAAAUUAAUCUUAAUUUGAAUAGUUUUUUGUUCAAUAUUUAUUUUUUUUUUUUUUUUGUGGAAUCAUAAAAAUUGUGAAAAAUAGUCAACAUGGCACGAAAUUAUAUAAAGUGCCCACACAUGGACAAUAUUGUCCAACUUUCUCUGCCUGAAAUAUGUAAAAUCAAACAGGGUCAAUCAUGUUCGCAAUGCGAAGCAAUUGGUCCAAAUUUAUGGUUAUGUUUACAUAGAUAUUGUUUGCAUACUGGUUGCUCAGAACAAGCUAAUGAUCACAGUACUAUACAUUUUAAAUUGAAUAACCAACAUUGCGUUCAUAUGAAUCUGUCAUCUCAACGUAUUUGGUGCUAUCUUUGCGAAACUGAAGUGUUCUUAAAUCAAAGAAGAAGUUCAUUAGUUGGUAAUAGUGAUGCAACAAGCGAAGCAAGCCGAUUUUCGGAUAGAAUCUAUGAGCGAAAUAUGAGUAGUAGUAUAGGAGAUACACCAGAAUCUAGCGGUGAUGAAGAUGACGGAGACGGUCAAUAUAUGGAUGGUUUGGUUGGAUUACAGAAUAUUGCAAAUACUUGUUACAUGAAUGCAGCUUUACAAGCUUUGAGUAAUUCUCCACCAUUAACAUAUUAUUUUUUGGAUUGCGGAGAUAUAAUAGAAGCAACUAAUGAAAUUAGUGGCAAUAGAAAACCUGGAUUAGCUAAAAGUUAUCAUCGUUUGAUGAAAGAAAUGUGGCUUAAAUCUAAAAGAAGCAAUAUGAAUUAUGUUGUUCCACGUGGAAUAUUAUAUGGCAUUAGAAGUGUAUAUCCGAUGUUUCGAGGCUACCAGCAACAUGAUACACAAGAAUUUUUACGUUGUUUUAUGGAUCAAUUGCAUGAGGAAUUGAAGGAGGUAACACCCCCGCCACCAGAUCCGGCAAACAGAUCUGUUUCGGCUAAAUCAAAAUAUUUGUCACUUGAUGAACGUUCACUUGGUUGUGGUUCGAGUAGUACAAUAGAUGAUGAUCAAGUUUCAUGCUCAACACCAUCACCAUCUCAGUCGGAAGCUGAGGAAUAUGAAACGUGUGAUAGUGGCGUAUCUGAACAAUCUAGUUUGUCAGAUGAGGGAACUCCAAAUUUAAGUAAUAGACCUAAAAUUUUAGCAAAACCAUUGUUUGGUUCCCGCCCUUCUAGUCCAGGUUCCACUUCAUCUUUUAUACCGUAUUCCGUCGCUGGUAAAGUAAGUCCCCAGCAUUUGCAAAAACCGACAAUGCAAAACGAGCAGAAACAAAAAUUAGUAUCGUCACCAUUGAAAUUACCGCACCGAUCAAUCAUUAGUGAUGUAUUCGAUGGAAAAUUACUAUCAUCUGUGCAGUGCUUAACUUGUAAUAGAAUUUCAACUCGGGAGGAAACAUUUCAAGAUUUAUCCUUACCAAUACCAGGAAAAGAUCAUCUUGCUGUAUUGCAUCAAGCAAUGCCUUCUCAAAAUCAGCAGCAUCAACAAGUUCCUCUUUCACCUGGAGUAAAUAAUACAAAUCAAAACUCUGUGACUUGUACUGACGCUGUAUAUCAAGCAGGUCAAGAUGGUUGGUUUUGGUGGGUAUGGAAUUGGUUCCGCUCUUGGUUUUGGGGACCGGCAGUAACCUUACAUGACUGCAUGGCAGCUUUCUUUAGUGCUGACGAGUUAAAAGGAGACAAUAUGUAUAGUUGUGAACAAUGUAACAAAUUACGUAACGGUAUAAAAUAUUCACGGGUUUUAGCACUGCCGGAAAUGUUAUGCAUACAUUUAAAACGAUUUCGCCAUGAUUUAUCUUAUAGCUCAAAAAUUUCAAGCCCAGUUAACUUCCCCUUGACUGGACUGGAUAUGAGGCCAUAUUUACAUAAAGAUUGCAAAUCUGAAAUAUCAUCAUAUGAUUUAACGGCGGUUAUUUGUCAUCAUGGUACCGUUGGUGGAGGGCACUAUACCAGUUUUGCAAAACAUGAAUUAUCUGGAAAAUGGUAUGAAUUUGAUGAUCAGUUAGUUUCCGAAGUAACACCAGAAGUUGUACAAAAUUGUCAAGCUUACGUUUUAUUUUAUCGUAAAGUAAAUCCAAAUAUGACAAUAAUUCGCUCCCAAGCUCAAGAGUUAGCCGAAAUGAAUCCACCACAAGCUUCUGAUAUAAGAUUCUUUGUUUCAAGACAGUGGAUAAACCGUUUCAAUACUUUCGCUGAACCUGGCCCGAUAGAUAAUUGGACUAUUUUGUGCCCUCAUGGAGGUCUGCCACCAUGUAAAGCUGCCUUAAUAGAACGAUUGGCUAUACCUCUACCGCAACCACUUUGGGAUUUCUUGUAUAAACAAUUUGGAGGUGGACCUGCUUGCAAUCGUUUAUUUGAAUGUGACACCUGUCGAAGGGCUGCUGAAUCAUUAGCUAGAAGGCAGGAAGCAGAAUUGGAAGCUUUUACAAGAUUUAACAACGAAUUCCAAUACCAAGAGAAACCAGUGACGACAAUUUAUGCUAUUUCCAUGGCAUGGUUCCGUCAAUGGCAACUUUUUGCUCGUGGAUUAACCACUGAAGAACCUGGUCCAAUUAAUAAUACGACAAUUGCAGCAAUACCUGAAGCAAACUGCAUGCCAAUUCGUAAUGUAAAACCAGGUUCUGAUUAUGCUCAGUUAAAUACUACUUUAUGGAAAUUUUUUCACGAAAUUUAUGGUGGGGGUCCAGAAAUAAUUCUGCGUGGCGGACCUUCUGAAGAAAUUAAAUUACAAAAGGAAAAAGAAACAGAGAGUAUGGAUAUUGAUCACGAUAUGAAAUUGCCACAAAAUAAUACAUCAACAUCAAACAGAUCGAAAGACGAUAUGGUAAAUGAAAAAUCUGAGUCUGAAGUUAGUCAAAUUUUUCAGACCGAUAGAUCAUCAAAAAACUCUAAUAGUAAACCAAAAUCAAUUGUCAAACAAACAAAGAAUGUUUCUUUUGAAGAUGAAACAGAAGAUAUGAUUUCUGAAAGCUAUAGCGAUUCAAUUAAUGUUCGUUCAUCAACUAAAUAUAAUGAUGACGAAAGUAGAAAUAUAGCAAGUAAUAAUGCAAGUCAUAUUUUAUGCAGUGGUAGUGGAAGGCGUGGUAAAUAUGAAUUAAUAAAUAAAAAGGAUAAAAAAUAUCGAAGUGCAAUGAAAUCAUCGGGAAGCAAUGCAAUGUUUGGUCCAGAAGGAAAAUAUCAAACUCAAUCAUCAUUAGACAACAAUACAACUGAAUCUAUUUCCGAUAAUAAAAUGAGUAACAUUGAUUUAAUUAAUGCGAAUGAAUACCAAAAAUCAGAAUAUAAUCCCACUUAUACUAUAAAAAAUAAUUCCAGCAACAAUUUAUUGAAUUUAAAAAGUUCAGAGUCUCAAAGUUUAUUGAGUUCCCAAAUUAUAACAACGACAGCCGCUGUGACUCAACAAAAACUGAUAACAACUACAACGACUACAACCACUGCAGUUACAAACUCCAUUAAUAUGAAUUCGGUUCCAACAAAAAAACUAGUAAGAUCAUCGCUAUCAGAUGAAACUGAAUCUUUUCUUAUAGAACAUCAACAGCAGAUACCAAAUUCACAACAGGCAUUUCAAAUGUCAAACGAGAAUUUGAAUGAUAAACAAUUAUUAUCUAGGACUGUAAUAGGAGCUCUUCAAACUGGGACCCUAUCAGCAUUAGCAAACACUAUAGGAAAACAUCAUUUUGGUGAAUUUAAUGACCAAAAAUCGUUAAAUGCAUUAGAUAUAAGUCCUAUAGAGAAAACUUUAAUGAUUAAUAGCGAAUCGUUUCAAACAUCAAAUUGUAAUGGCAAUCACAAUGAUAGCAAUAACAACAAUAAUAAUAACAAUUUUAACAACAAUAAGAAUUCAUCGAUUUUGUCAAAAAAAUUUACCACAGGUAGUGUAGGGAAAGGUCAUCAUCAUCGAAAAAAAAUAAAAUCCAAAAACAGUAGAAAAACUAGUUUUUCACAAUCAUGUACACCAAAUCAAGACAAUGGAAGUGAUAGUUGUUAAGAUAAUAAAAUUUUAAACUUAAGAAGAUUUAACUAAUAAUUUUUCAAAAAUUAAAAAUUUUGAAAUAUUUUUAAUAUUUAAACUAAAACAAAGAAGAAAAAUAUUAUUAUAAUUUACUCUGAGGUAGAGAAAUUUAAUUUUUCAUGUUUUUUGAAAGCCACUACAAUAAGUAUGAAUAUUAGGUACCGUUCAAGCCCAUAGAGCAAGUUUUAACUGCGAUUAAAAUAUCAUGCUGAAUUCGUAAUAUAAUGGUCUAAACUUUUUUCAUAUGAAAAUACAUUAAUUUUUAUUUUUUAUAUAAAAUCGUUUAAACAAUAUUAACUACUUUUUGUGAUUAUAAAUAAACAAAAUAGGUAUUUUCAUGGGGGUAAAUAGGUAUUUCACACUUUGGAUAAAUAAAUUGAAGAAUAUUUUAGUGAAAUAAAAUGUGAAAAUAUUUUUUAUUCACCAAUAUUUCAAAAAUUCUAUAGAAUCAAUAUGUUCAAUUUGAAAAAUUAUUGUUUUCGAAUAUUAUACUUGGAAGAUAAUAUGAAGCUAAACAUUAAUUUGAAAUAUGUAUUUCGUAAUCGCAUUUACAUUACAAAAUAUUUAUAAUUUGCCAUAUUGCUUAAAAUUAAGUAUUUUGAAAACCACAAUUUUUUUUCAAUAAAUAUGAGAAAUAAUUGAAAAAUUUCAAUGUAAUCAAAAAAUUUUAAUAUAUAAAAAAAAUCACAAAAUUAUUCCAUAAAGUUGAUUUUUGUUAAAUUAUUAAAAAGAAGUGGUUUUUGGUUUUGUUUUAAGAGAAAUUUAAUUCCAUUAACUAAAAUGAAAAAUUAUAUAUAAGCAUUUAAUUUAAUUAGGUUUUGUUACGCUUUAUUUAAUUUGUUUCAAUGUGAGUUUCAGCAUGAUGUUAAAAUAAAAUAUGCAAAUGUUUUUUUAAAAACAUUUCGAACAUUAAUGGUGCUUAAAACGAAAACUGUUAAGCAAUUUUUACGCGGUUAAAAUAAAGUACACAUGUAAAUGGUC